AUGGAUUUAGUCAAAUACCUUAACGAAAAUGAGCGGUUGCGCAACAUAUGCAUACUGGCCCAUGUAGAUCACGGGAAGACGACCCUGGUUGACAACCUGAUAAGCUCCAACAAAAUUAUAAGUGACAAGAACAUCGGGAAGGUGAAGUACCUGGAUAGCCGCGAGGACGAGCAGAAGCGGCAGAUCACCAUGAAGAGCUCCAGCAUCCUGUUGAAGCACACGUACAACAAGGCCUACUUGGACGAGUUGUUCCGCGACCGGGCGGCAGCGCAGAGGAGGGCCGCCGACGAGGAGAUCUCCACCGAGGAGAAGCACAUUCCCACCGCCGACAAGCAGAUUUCCACCGAGGAGAAGCACAUUCCCACCAACGAGAAAGUUUCAACCGACGAGAAGAUUCCCCCCCCCAACCAGCAUACGCUCACCCCCUGCCCAAACGGCGCCGCGAGCACCACGCGCAGCGUCAUCAGGAGGAGAGCAGACGCGGAGGCGGAGACCGAAACGGCGGAAGAUAGAAACACGCACCUCAUCAACAUCAUAGACACCCCCGGACACGUGGACUUCUCAUCCGAAGUGUCCACCUGCAUUCGAAUCUGUGACGGAGCCCUCAUACUAGUGGACUGCAUAGAAGGAGUGUGCAGCCAAACCAAAAUUGUGUUCAGGCAAACGUGGAAAGAAAUGAUCAAAAGCAUUCUGGUCAUCAACAAAAUCGAUAAGCUCAUAACGAACCAAAAUAUGGACAGCAUAAGUGCCUACGAACAUAUAAAUAAUAUUAUCGAACAGGUAAAUGCAUAUAUUUAUCAGCUAUAUGUUGAAGAAAAUAUGAACAAUGAAAAUGUGGAAACGUCCGAAAUGGAAAAAUACACCUACUCGCCAUUAAAAGGGAAUGUCCUCCUGUGUAGCAGUACCCACUGCUGGUGUAUAGAUAUGAACAUCUUCUCCACUCUCUUCUGCAAAAAAAUGAAUAUAAAUAUGAAUAAUUCGGAGAAAAUAAAAAAAUACAUGUGGAAUCAAUAUUAUUUUAAUACGAAGGAAAAGAAGAUUUUAAAAAUGACAAACGAUACAAGUACAUACCAAGGUAACAGUAGUGGGGGACAAAAAAAAAAAAAAAAAAAUUUAUUUUCACUAGUGGUAUUGGAUUUUUUGUGGAAAAUUUACGAAAUUACAACAAUAAAUAGGGAUGAUGAACAGAUAAAAAAAUUAUGUCUGGAGUUAAACAUUUCUACUUAUUUUUUAAAAAAAAAUCAACAGAAUAACGUCGAAAAUAAUACCUUCAUUUUGAUUUACAUCAUGUCGCAUUUUUUGAAUUUGUCAAGGUCAAUUUUUAAUUCCUGUAUUGAAAUUUUCCCCUCGCCCAAAAAUAUUGACCCCAAUAGGCUCUUCAAAAUUUACCCCUCAUUGUAUAAUGAACACAUCUAUCGUAACAUUGUUGAGUGCUCCUCCUCCACCGACUUUACCAUCAUUUACAUUUCCAAAUAUAUUUGCGCCAAUGUGCAAAAUAAUACUCUGAUAGGCUUUCGAGGCUUUUACGAUAAAAAUACCUUUCUCUCCAUAUGCCGCAUUUAUGCCGGCACUUUGCACGAAAAUAUGUUCCUCUACAUUUGCGGCAGGGGCAUCAAAACUGUCGUGAAGAAGAUUUACAUUUGCAUGGGCGGGGACCUCCUCCCCAUUGCCCGGGCCUACGCGGGCAACAUCGUGGCCGUCUACUUGUCCAUCGUCCACGUGGACCCCCUCCCCGCGGGGGGGGGCGGCGUUACAAGCGGCGAAGGCGGUGGUAGCGGCUGCAGAGGGGGCAACGUUGGCUGGAACCAUUGUGGAGACCCCCACGGGGAAGACGCCAAACGGGAGGACCCCUCGACGAUCCCCAUCGAAACGGAUAAUAUGCUGAACGAGUCGGGACACUCCCCCCAAGAGAACCAAACCGAGGAGAUGGCCGAGGGGAUGGCCAAACCCGGAAGCCCCAGCAACGUGCCCCUCAACAUAGACUACCACAGUGGGGGGAAAAACGACUUGCAGUACCUCUCAAACACGCUGAUGAAUUUGAUAAAAAACAAACGAAGCAAAAAAGAGCACAACAUAUUCAUAAUGAACAGUGAUGGGGUUUUUCUAAACAAAAAUAUUACCUUGUCGAGUCAUCAAAAUGCGGAUUCGUUUAUCCUCCCAUUCACAGAUACAUGCUCAACCAUACUGCACACCAUAAUCGAGCCGAAGAACAUUCAAGACAUGAAUAAAUUUCUCUACGGCUUAAUUCUACUCUACACAUGCGACACAUCCAUCGACAUAGAUUUUAACGAAAGGGGGGAGUACAUUUUAAAGUUCUGUGGAGAAAUCCACAUGCAGAAGUGCCUCUCCGAUUUUGUGAACAUUUACAGCAACAUAGAAAUUAAGACGUCCGACACGAAUAUCUCCAUCCGGGAGGGAAUACAAGAAAAUGUCGUAAAGGUAAAGAGGAAGAAAAGUAAGGUGCAGGAAAAUAUGAAAGAUUUGCACGCACAGUAUGUUAGGAUUGGCACGCACAGUCAAGGCAAGUGCGGGGAGUACGCGGCAAGUGGGGAGUAUGCGGCAAGUGGGGAGUACGCGGCAAGUGGGGAGUGUGCUGCAAGUGGGGAGUGUGCUGCCAAUGGGGAAGACCCCCAAGAGGUCAACAAUACAGACAUACCGCAUAUCGACAGUGGCGGCGUAAAGCAGGGGGAAAAGAUCUCUUCUCAUAACACCGCCGAUGGUGACUGCGAAAGGGGCAACUGCAACCAUCCGCGUGGCUCCAAAAUCGAAAGAAACAACCAUCCGACGAGCAUCUUCAGACAUAUUCAGCUCGAAAAAGAAAACCACUUCCUAAACAUCCUUUUCAAUUACAGCCAUAAUACAAUUUGCCAAAAGCUAAACAAUAACUCUUUUUAUAUUUUUUUAAGUGCCCUAAAUAUGCCCCCAAAUCUGCUCCACUUUUUUGAUAAGCAUUAUUCGAAUAUACAAGCCGUCUUAGAAAACAGGUCCAUAUCUCCCUGCUUUUUAAAUUAUGAAAAAUCCGAUUCGUCCACCACAAAUGAGCACGUCAUGUACAAGCAGUGCUUGAUCAACCUGGAGAGGUGCGUCAACGACUUGUGCUUCUUCGACCGGGUUGACGGCGACGAGGCGGUGGAGGACAGGGGGGUCAUCGGCGUUGGCGGGGUUAGCGGCGUUAGUGGGGUUGGCGGCGACACCGCUCCGGACCGCGGAACUGCCCAUGGCUGCCCCGACGGGGUGGGCGAAGGAGCCGCGCCCGACCCCCCCGGCAACGCAGAGAAAGCCAGCCAGCCGCGCAAGAACAAGAACUACCAACUGGAGCUCUGGGACGUGUGCGUGCAAAACGGAAGCGUCACCCUACUGUACAUCAAGAAGUAUUUUAGCAAAAAGAAAAGUGACGAGUACUUGCUCGACAAUAUCAUAACGAACGACAAGUACAAGCAAAUAAUUAACAAGCGGUCCUUCGUCGACACCUACCUCUCAGACACCAACAGCGACGUGAACAUCUAUUUGAACAAUUUAUGCCUCGGCUUUAAAAUGGCUUCAAAAUAUGGCCCCAUCGCCCAGGAGCCCAUCAGAGGAGCCCUGUUCAUCAUCGAGGGCCUCAUCAUCGACGAGGCAGAAAACGGAGACCCAUUCGAAGACCUAAGCUCAAAGGAAGAAAACAGCGAAUAUAAAAUUAACGCAGGGAACAUCAUCGCUCUGAUGAAGGAGGCUUGUUUGAACGCGGUCCUCCAAAAUAAAUUAAGAAUAUACGAACCCAUGUUAAGAUUAAAUUUGACAUGUGAGAGCAACGUCCUGGGGAAGGUAUAUAACGUGCUACUCAAGAGAAGGUGCUCCAUUUUGUCGGAGGAAAUAAAAGACGGCUACUUCCUAUACUGUAUUGAUGCCUACCUUCCUCUCUUUAAUUCGUUUAAGCUGGCAGAAGAGCUAAGGUCCAAAUGUUCUGGCAAUGUUAUAUACGAUAUACAGUUCAGCCACUGGAAUAAGCUGAACGAGGACAUCUUCAUGUCGAAUGAUAGCUCCACCGUCGUCUACGACGAGGACUUCGACGUCAAGUUGAUGGAUAACACUGCCACGGAGAUUGUCAACUUUAUUCGGAGGGCGAAGGGCCUAGAAACGAACGAGAAGAUAAUACAAAAGCCGGAGAAGCAGUGCACCCUCAAGAAGUAA